AUGGGCCGAAAGCGCAAGUCCGAAGGCGCGUCAGAUAGCAACCCUCCCAAACGAGUGCUUGUCAUCAAUGCGCAGGAGCAGCAACUAUGGAGGGGCGAUGGUUACAGCGAACAUGAAACUGAUCUCAUUCAUCCCUUACAGCCUGCAAUUGACCCCUACACCGGCGAACCCAGAAAGAGAGGCCGACCUAGAAAGUACCCUCCCGGCGAGGAACCGCAGCCGCCUCCAGGACCCAAACGCGGUCGCGGCCGUCCCCGCAAAGACGGCACCAUCAAGUCCCCGGAUUCGGCGCCCGCGACACCCCAGGGCCCGAAGCGACCUGUUGGAAGACCCCGCAAGACCCCCGUCAAGGAUGACGCCGAGACGCCCUCGCAACCGACCGAGUCCGACGCCGCCGACACAAAAUCCACAGACGAUGACAGCGAGCGGACAUAUUGGUUGAUGAAGGCGGAGCCCGAGUCGCGGAUCGAGAAGGGGACAGACGUCAAGUUUUCCAUUGAUGAUCUGGAGGCGGCCACGGAGCCGGAGCCGUGGGAUGCACGGAAUCACAUGCGGGCGAUGAAGAAAGGCGACUACGCGUUUUUCUAUCACUCGAACUGCAAAGUCCCCGGGAUCGUGGGCAUCAUGGAGAUUGUGCAGGAACACACGCCCGACGAGUCUGCAUUCGACCCAGCGCAUCCGUACUACGACGCCAAAUCCAACCGCGACGACCCCAAAUGGGACGUGGUGCACGUCGAGUUCCGCCGCAAAUUCGACAAGAUGGUGACGCUCAACGACCUCAAGGCGCAUGCCAAGUCGGGACAAGCGCUGGAGAAUUUACAGGUGCUGAAGCAGUCGCGGCUCAGCGUGUCGUCUGUGACGCCAGAAGAGUGGAAGUACAUCCUGGGGUUGGCGGGGGAGACAUUGAAGUAA